UAUUGUUUGCUGCUGACAACAAAAUGCGUGCCUUCGUUAUCGUUAUAUUGGGACUUGCUGCUGUGUCUGCUGCCCCCAAAAAUGACCAUCGAAUUGUGGGUGGAUCAAUCACUGACAUUAGCUUAUACCCGGAGAUGGUCGCUGUGCUGUUCUCCGAGACUAACGUCAACCACAGAACGUGGUGUGGCGGCAGCAUCCUCAACAACCGCGCUAUCCUCACCGCUGCUCACUGCACCAUUGACUACGUCCCUGCGAACUUUCUCUGUCGUGUAGGAUCCACUUAUGUGAGCACUGACGGCACGACACUCAAUGUCCUGCAUAUUAUCAACCAUCCGAGCUAUGAUAGCUUCACCACAGAUAAUGAUAUUGCCAUCAUUCAUACCACCACCGCCAUCCCCAUCGGCUCCACCAACGUGCAGCCGGGACUGUUCGCUGGUGCCAACUACAACCUUGCUGACAACGAAGAAGUCUGGGCUGCAGGAUGGGGUAUCACUGAAAUGGGAGGAACCUCUGAGGAACUGCGUCAUGUCCAGGUAUGGACAAUCAACCAAGAAAUUUGUAGGCAACGCUAUGCGGGUUUUAACGCUGUCAUCACCGACAACCAGCUGUGCUCCGGCUGGCUCGACGUGGGAGGUCGCGACCAGUGCACCGGCGACUCCGGUGGCCCGCUGUUCCACAACGGAGUGGUCGUCGGCGUCUGCUCUUGGGGAGCUGGCUGUGCUUCGCCACAGUUCCCUGGCGUCAACACUCGUGUGUCUCAAUACAUUAACUGGAUUUCGCAAAAUGCCUAAAAUGUUUAUUAAACUUCCUGAAAGUAAUAUCUGAUUUUUAUAAAGUUUAUACUAAGUUUCUAAUUAAAUUAUACAUCUGUCCAAUAAAACAUGUUCUGAUUUUUU